CUGGAGGAGAAUGCUGGUAUUGAUGGCUUCCACAAUUUCGGAAGUGUAGUUAUAAGAAAGGUUCUCUUUGUUCCUCUUAUCAUUAAUUAAUUAAUUUGUGGCUAAUUGUUGAUCGCUCUUGUUGAAACUUUACGUCUUCAAUAUGGGAGAUAUUGCUGGAGAUCUGCAAGCUCAAAUCCAUGUUCAGGAAGGCAAGGAAGCAAACUCACCAGAACAUGCUAAUGGACUUAGAAACUACAUCUGGUGGGUUCGAAUGGCGAUCUACUCUGUAUUUGUCCUCUUUGGGCAGUCGGUUGCUACCCUGUUGGGAAGAUUAUACUAUGACAAGGGUGGAAACAGCAAAUGGAUGGCAACUCUGGUGCAACCUGCAGGCUUUCCAGUCCUGAUUCCCUUCCUCAUUUUCUUACCAACCAAACACCAAACAGAAAACAAUGGCCUCAACAAUGCACCUUCACGCUUACUCCUAGGCUCUGUGUUUGCCCUUCUUGGCAUAUUCCUGGCAGCAGUUUGCAUGCUGUACUCAAUUGGGCUUAAAUACCUUCCUGCAUCCACUUUUUCCUUAAUCUGCGCAAGCGAAUUGGGUUUCAAUGCCUUCUUCUCCUACUUCCUCAAUUCACAAAAGUUCACUCCCUUCAUUGUCAACUCUCUUGUUCUCCUCACCAUAUCUUCCUCUCUCGUUUUCAACAGUGACGACUCUUCUGAACCUACCAAAGCCUCCAAAGGGAGGUAUGCAUUUGGCUUCACGUGCACCGUUGCCGCAUCAGCAGGAUAUGCCCUGAUCCUCUCACUAACUCAGCUUUUCUUCAGGAAGAUCCUAAAAACCGAGUCUUUUAGAGUGGCUUUGCAGCUGAUAAUAUACGAAUCCCUCAUUGCAACCUCUGCCAUAUUGGUGGGGCUUUUUGCCAGUGGAGAAUGGAAGGGGCUAAAUAAAGAGAUGGAUGAAUUUGAACUUGGCAAGGCUUCCUAUGUUAUGACACUGUUUUGGACUGCUGUCUCUUGGGAGGCUUUCUCUGUGGGCAUAGCGGGGUUGAUCUUUGAGGUCUCCUCUCUCUUCUCCACUGUCAUCAGCACUGUCGGAUUGCCUGUUGUUCCAAUUCUAUCUGUGUUCAUUUUCCAUGACAAGAUGGAUAUUGUGAAGAUAGUGGCCUUAUUAUUGGCCAUUUGGGGCUUUGUUUCAUUCAUCUAUCAGCAUUAUAUUGAUGAUUUGGAGUUCAAGAACCAAAGCAAUGAAAAAGCCAGUGGAGUUUCCGAGGUUUCUCUUGUUGAAAGAGUUAGCCCAUGAACAAAUUAGCAGGGUCCUGCAGUUGGGUUCACAAAUGUAAUUGUUUAGGUAGUAUCAAGAACAGAUUGAUCGAUCAAUUGACAACAUUUGACUAUAUUUGUCGAUAUUUUCUGUUCCUUUCUUUGGGACAUAUUGAUCUUUGUAUA